AUGUCGAGGUCCAACGAUCCUGGCCACUACUUCCAAACUACACAAGCACUUGCUACAUCGGAACGAAAAGCAGCCAAAUCGAAGAACAAGCAUGGCGACCCCAUCAAGCUUCCGUCAAAGAUCUUGUAUGCCAUCGCCGAUCCUCAAGACGACAAUGCCGUGUAUGUCGCCGAAGCAGCGGGAGAAGUGAAGCGCCUAAACCUGGAAGACAAAAAAGUCCAACGCAUCUUCAACGCAAGUCAAGCCCCAAUAACCAGCCUCGCAAUCUGCCCAACUACAAACACCCUCUUCGCCGGCUCCUGGGACAAAACAAUCUACUCAAUCCCCCUCUCCAAUCCCUCCAAAACCAAAACCCUGGAAUCCCACACCGACUUCAUAAAAUGCCUCUGCACCACAACCCUCAACAACGACCCCAUCCUGAUAUCCGGCUCCGCCGACGCAAAAAUAAUCCUCUGGUCCAUCUCCUCCGGCCAGCUCCUCCAAAAACUCUCCAACCCCACAAAAGCCGCCCUAACUUCCCUAACCCUUGAUCCCCUAAACCCUUCCAUCCUCGUCACAGCAAGCAGCGACCGCGAAAUCCGCCGUUGGGAUCUCCUCUCUCCCUCGGAAGAAAACCCCCCACUCCGUCCCCACGAAACCUCCAUCUACGCCCUGCACUGGGACCACGACGGCGAAGGCCUCUGGACCGCCUCCGCAGACAAAACCUGCAAACAUCUCGUGCGGAGCCGGAAUUUCGAAGCAGAUACUGUCCUCCAACACCCAGAUUUCGUCCGAGAUGUGGUAAUUUUUGAAAAUCUUGGGUUGGUGGUGACGGCGUGUAGGGAUGAGGAUGUCAGGGUUUGGGAAAUUGCGAGUGGGGAGUUGGUUUGUAGGUAUCAGGGGCAUUUUGAGGAGGUGACUGCUUUGGUGAAGAGGGAGAAGGAAAAGGAGGUUGUGAGUGUUAGUAUUGAUGGGACGGUGAGGAGGUGGAGUUUGGAGAGGGGGGAUAUGAGGAGGUUUCAGGAGGAGGUGGGGAAGGAGGGAGAGGAGGAGAAGAAGGGGGGUGGGAGUAUGCUGACGGCGGAGGAAGAGGCAGAGUUGGCCGAGUUGAUGGAUAGUGAUAAUGAGUGA